GUUAAUAUUUGUCGGCGCAGGGCUCUAAUACCAGUGGAGCAGACAUAGAACAUUAAUAAUAAAAAAAGAAAAACAAAUGAGGCCUGAAUUCCAACAGUUAAAUAAAUCUAAUAGGAAUAUAAUAAAUUGGGACCAUAGACUUUAUAGUUUCCUAUAACUUUGACAACAAAAGUUUUUGGCCAAAAGUAAACGACCGAAAAAAUCAGUGUGUGUGCUAAAAGAAAAAGUUCCUGGCAAAUUAUUUUAUACAUAAAAAUACUUUUUUUGAUUUAUUUGGUUAUUUUUGGUGUCCCUAGUUGGGUUAAAACUUAAUUUAACAUUUUUAAAAACUAAAAUUAAAUAAUUCUUAAAGGAUUUCAAACGGCUGCUAGUUAUCAGAGACAGACCCAACGACAAUAAACUGAAACUCAACAAAUAGCAGCAGCAGCAGAGACAGCAGCGGUUGUAAUAUAAUAAAAGAACAGCGACCACAAAAUAAAACUAUAAAAAUAAAGACUCUGCACAAAAGCGCAAAGGAGAAGGAGAGAAGACAAGAUUGAAGUUUUUCACCUAAAGGUAUUUUGCAAUGAAAUGAAUGUGUCUUGGCUGAAUGCUGUCAUUGGUUCGAUCAUCAAUACUACUGUGACAUCUUGUGGCUCGGCCACUGCUCACAUUUACGAGGCCUACCAGCUGCAGCGCGAACAAUUGCUGGGCAACUACACGGUAUUCGGAGUACUACAAGAUACGGUUGCUGCUCUCCAACCCCAGGCGAUCUAUAGACGUUUCGUGAAUACCUCAACCGAAGCCCUGGAGCACUUGAUAUACGCCAUUGUGGUAUACUUAUUAGUAUGCCUCUCAAUAUACGCCUUAAUCUUCCGUUACAAAGGUCUGGGCAAUAUAAGAUUGCCAUGGCCAGCAGCAAAUACAACUGCCAAAAGAAUUCUAUUCGUAAUCUCACAUCCAGACGAUGAGUGUAUGUUCUUUGGUCCUCUACUCUAUUCACUGGCUCAGCACAAGCAAUGUCAAAUUUAUUUACUCUGCUUGUCGAAUGGAAAUUUUGAAAAACAAGGUGCCAAACGCCGUGAAGAAUUAUGGCAAGCCUGUUCACUGUUAGGUAUUCCCGAAGGCAAUAUUAUACUAGUCAAUGCUACCAACUUGCCCGAUGAUCCAAAUGUUGACUGGAAAACCGAUGCGGUAGCCAAUAUUAUUUUGCAUACUGUCGAAUCGUUGGGCAUUCAGGCCAUAUUUACUUUUGAUCGUGAUGGUGUUAGUCAACAUCCAAAUCAUUGUGCUGUUUAUUAUGCAGCUGCGUCCUUAUGUUUAGCUAAUUUAUUACCCAAAGAUUGUAAAUUCUAUGCCUUGGACUCAAUAAAUAUUUUAAGAAAAUAUUUAUCUAUUUUUGAUAUAAUCUGUACAUGUUUCAUGUCAAAACAUUGGUGCAUUUUAAGCUGGCAACAAGCAUCCGUCAUACGUUGUGCCAUGAAAAAACAUGAAUCACAAAUGAAAUGGUUUCGUUGGCUCUACAUAAUAUUUUCCCGCUACAUGUUUAUAAACUCAAUGCGCGAAGUCAAUUUGUAUGAUGUUGAAUUGGAAAUGCAAAUACACGACAAUUGAAACGGGAAACAUGAUCAUGAUUGAUGGAAUGGAAUGGAAUACAUGCUGUAACCAAAAAUGAAAUUUAAUUUUGCAAUGAAAAAAAAAAAACCGUAUUACCUUCGGAAAACACAUCCAAAAAGAAAAAUUUUAAUCCUAUAUAAAAGUGUUUGACACAAAUUUGUUUAUUUAUUUACUUAUUUUGCAAAGCUUAAAAA